GCAAAUUUUGGUGGUGGAGAGGAAAGUGGGCAGACUCACAGAAGCUGAUACGAACAGAUAAACUUAGCAAAUCAAGAAAACAUCUUGGUUUUACUUUUCCGAUUUGUUAAUAGGACGCCUGGAAGACACGGAGCAGACGCAGUACGAGGUGUCAAAAUGGGUCUGCUGGAGCAAUGUGAGAAACUGUUCAAAACGUCAAACCUCUAUGAGGUGCUGGGAGUCGCCAAGGAGGCGUCGGAAGCAGAAAUCCGCCGCGGUUACUACAAACUGUCCUUACAAGUCCACCCCGACAGAGCCCCCGAUGACCAGGAGGCAACCACAAAAUUCCAGGCUUUGGGCAAGGUGUACGCAGUGCUUAGUGACAAGGAGCAACGGGCUGUGUACGACGAGCAGGGAACGGUAGACGAGGAGACGGACUCACUGAAACAGGAGCGCAACUGGGAAGAAUACUGGAGACUGCUGUUCCCCAAGAUCACAGUAGAGGACAUAUUGGAGUUUGAGAAGAGCUACAAAGGCACAGAGGAGGAGAAGCAGGACCUGAGCCGGCUCUACCUGCAGUACGAGGGGGACAUGGACAUGAUCAUGGAUUCAGCCCUUUGCUGCACCCAGGAGGACGAGCCGCGCGUCACCGAAAUCCUCCAGGCCACCAUCGACUCUGGCGAGCUGCCCACCUUCCACGCCUUCGCCCACGAGAGCAAAAAGAAGAAGUCCGCACGGAAGCGCAGGGCUGAUAAAGAGCGACAAGAGGCUGAGGAAAUGGAGAAGGAGCUGGGGCUUAAGUCUGGUGACAGCCUGGUGGCAAUGCUGAAGCAAAGGCAGAAGUCCAGAGAGCAGGGGUUUGACUCAUUCCUCUCCGACCUGGAGGCCAAAUAUUCAAAAAAAGGAAAGGCUGCCGCUGGAAAGAAAGGAAAGAAGUGAUGCUGGACUCACAAAAAAUAUAAUGCUCUGUCAUUAAAAAGCUCUUUUCCCUUUGGAUCCAAGCAGUGGCUGAAAGUGCUGGAUUGAACCUUCUGCAGUAAAUGUUACUCUUUAAACGUUUGUUUAGCACUAAGUGAAUGCCUGAGACUGUAUUGGCUUAGACCAUAUUGUGUACAGAAGAGGGAGUGAAAAAGUUGUUCCUCUUAUAGGAAUUAUUUUUUUGUCCAGUGAAACUUCACUCCUAAGAGAAGAAUCGGGAAGACUGUAGCUACUUUCUUUUCCUUGAAGUUAAUAUAGCUUUGGAAAACAUUAUCAGUACCCUAAUAAAGUAAGCCAUCAGCACAGAAUUACUCUCACAGUGCAGCAGUUUGCCAUUGUGGUUUGCUAUUGUGAGGUUUUGUUUGGCGACAUUCUAGUAUAUACAGCCAAACUUUACAUUUUGAAGUUCAGACUGUUAUAAAUAUUGGGCAGUUCAGUGCAUUUAAAAUGUAAUGGUGGUGACAAACAAGGAUGUGUGCAUGUUGGUGGCACUUAGCCAGUCAUAUUGGAUGUAUAAGUGAUCUUGAUCUUUUAAAAGGGAGCAAGUUUGAAUGGGUUCGUACUGUAUGGUUUUUGUCCGGGAAGAUAUAAUCAGAAAGAGACAUUUCUUAGUACUUCACACAAGCAAGCUAUAUUGUUUUAAUCUUUCAUAAAAAAUGUCCAUUGUGCCCAGAAAUUAAUAACCCAUGAAGGCUAUAUUCUCUUACUCCCUUUGAAAAUUAUUCUUUUGUCAUUUGUUGACAUCUGUUUUAUUGCCCCUAAUGUGUUUGUGUAUUGUGU